AUGUCCUUUGCCAACAAUUUCUGGGGAAAGGAUGAUGCAGGUGUUGGACCCAUGUUUGAACGCAUGCACACUGCCAAAGUGUCUUGCGAUGAACUCAAGACGUUCUAUAACAUCCGUGCUGCCAUUGAAGAGGAAUAUGCGCGCAAGCUGCUGGCUCUUUGCCGAAAACCCCUUGGGUCGACAGAGCUAGGUUCCCUUCGAUCUUCCUUCGAUGUUGUCCGUGGCGAAACAGAGGCAAUUGCCAAGGCACACGGUGCUAUAGCAGGACAGAUGAAAAGGGAGCUGGAAGAGCCAUUGGUAGCGUUUGCUGGUGGAUCGAAAGAGCGAAGAAAGAUCAUACAAACAGGGAUCGAGCGCCUGCUGAAAACCAAGAUGCAGCAGACUCAAACAGUUAAUAAGACCCGAGAUCGGUAUGAGCAAGACUGCCUAAGAAUCAAGGGAUACCUCGCCCAGGGACACAUGGUCAUGGGACAGGAAGAACGCAAAAACAAAGCGAAGCUGGAGAAGACGCAGGUCCAGCUGGCUUCCAGCAGCAGCGAGUAUGAAGCUGCCAUUAAAGUGCUUGAAGAGACGACUGGUCGCUGGAAUAAAGAAUGGAAAUCCGCCUGUGACAAAUUCCAAGAUCUCGAAGAGGAACGACUCGACUUUACUAAAAGUAGCCUGUGGGCUUAUGCGAACGUUGCAUCUACCGUUUGCGUUAGCGACGAUGCUUCGUGCGAGAAGAUCCGCCUUUCGCUAGAAAGCUGUGAGGUUGAGAAGGAUAUCAUCUCCUUCAUCAAGGAAAGGGGAACUGGCCAAGAUAUCCCAGACCCUCCCCGAUUCAUUAAUUUCUGUCGGGGUGAUAUUAACGAUACCAGCUCGGAGGCCUCAGAAGAAGAUGGCUUCUCUGUAGCCCAAUUCCAGCGUACAAUCAAUCCGGCGUUUCGCAGUUCUUCCCCGCAACCAUCAACUUAUGAAUCGCAUCACGACCCACAGUCCGACCUGGCAAGCAAGAUUGUUCAUAAUAACCCCCCUACGCCUACAAGUAGGGAAACCACCAUCACUCCGCAAAAGGCGACGCAACAACCAGCGCCCUUGGAUCUUCGCCGGGGUGGUCAACUGCCGCCGAACUACGACCCCAGCGAGCAUGGAGAGAUUAGCAGUGUGCCUCACAAUGCGUAUCCAACUGAUGGUAUGACCAUGUUCUGCAGGACCGGACCUCCUUCCGAGCGGAGCUCUGGCACAAACAGCGCCUACCGACCAUCGAGCCGUGAUUCCCAGAAUAAGCAAAUCCAGAAGAAGAGGAGCGCCUUCUUUAGCAACAGCCCAUUCCGACGAAAGAGUCGCCAUGACAAGGAGCGGAAUUCUGGCCCGUCACAGCCACCUUCUCGUGGCACAUGGGAUACGUCAAAGCCAUCGAGCCCAACCAAAGCUCCUCAGCCCCAGCCGCCAAUGUCUGCUCCUGGACACGAUCAACUAUCCAGUAGUCCUGAGCCCGUGGACCCGAGAGCCAAUUUCCAGCUUAAUGUCGGCAACAAUGUAUUUGAUGUGGCAUCGCCUGAGAAGGACAAAACGAAGGCACCUCAGACGCCCAAGAGUGUGGAAGAAGAGCUUGAUCCAAUUGCGCGUGCCCUGGCUGAUCUAAAAGUACCGGGCAAACAGCCCACCACCCGGAUCUCUGCUGACAGAUACCAUGGCAUUGCUACACCAAACCCUUCAGCUCCCAGUUCAAAUUACAGCAGCGCAUCUGUGGCGACCCCGCCCCCGUCAUAUAACGACUCUUCGGUGAAACGUCUUGAUGCCCCGCAGCCCGCGUUCACAUCCGCGCAAAUGCAGAAGACGACACAGAAGUACACAGGACAAACGAAUAACAUGCUACGCGGUAGUAGCAACACCUCGGGCCUCGCAACUAGAAACCGUGCACAAUCCCAAGAUGUACAUCGUGCCAGGCUCCCACCCCAAGACGAAGCGCCAGCCCUAAUACAGUUCAGCCGGGAUGGUCGCCCCAUUCUCCACUUUGCCCGAGCCAUGUACAGCUAUACCGCUGCAAUCCCCGAAGAGCUGGGCUUCACCAAAGGUGAUGUCCUAUCGGUCAUUCGACUUCAAGACGACGGCUGGUGGGAAGCCGAAGUUACCACCACCCGCGGACGACCCGGUUUGGUCCCCAGCAAUUACUUGCAAAUUAUCUAA